AUGCGUGCGACAAGAAGUCCGUCAGCGGAUCGAAGUAAUGCGGCUCACUUAGUAACUGAAGCGGUUCUUACACCAACCAUAUUGGGGCUGAUCAUCUUCUGCACUAUCGAACUGCAAAAUGGACUGGUUCAUUCUGUUUUCAAGUUGGCCACAAUCGUACAACUGCUCCUGGCAAUCGGUCAACUUACACUCGAAUUCUACGAAGUCUACGUCAAAGGGAACUAA